AUGCCCAUGCUCAAGGACCCCUCGAAAAAGUACCAGCGCUUCAAGCCGUUGGAUCUUCCCAAUCGUCAAUGGCCCUCCAAGACCAUAGACAAGCCUCCCCGAUGGUUGACCACUGACCUCAGAGAUGGUAAUCAGAGUUUGGUUGAUCCAAUGGAUGGAGACCAAAAACUACGAUUCUUCAGAAUGCUUGUGGAGAUUGGCUACAAGGAAAUUGAGAUAUCGUUCCCAUCAGCCUCGCAGACAGAUUUCGAUUUCACGCGACGUCUGAUCGAAACACCAGGAGAAGUUCCCGACGAUGUUUGGCUCCAAGUGCUCUGCCCGUGUCGAGAGGACUUUAUCCGACGUACUGUCGAGUCCCUCAAAGGAGCCAAAAAGGCCAUCCUCCAUCUAUACCUCGCCACAAGUGAAUGCUUCCAAAGAAUAGUCUUUGGCAUGACAAGGCAGGAAAGCCUGGAACUUGCCGUACAGAGCACAAAGUACGCUCGUUCAAUCACCAAAGAUGAUCCGUCGACUGCUGGCACAGAGUGGCUUUUUGAAUUUUCACCAGAAACGUUCUCGGAUUCGGACCCUGAUUUUGUUCUUGAAAUUUGUGAGGCUGUGAAGGCGGCGUGGGAGCCAACCGUAGAAGCUCCUUUGAUCUUUAAUCUUCCUGCCACUGUGGAAAUGUCUACCCCAAACGCUUAUGCGGAUCAAAUUGAAUACUUUUCAACACAUAUCUCGGAAAGGGAAAAGGUUUGUGUAUCUCUGCAUCCCCACAAUGACCGUGGAUGUGCUGUUGCUGCAGCGGAGUUGGCACAAAUGGCCGGCGCUCAGCGAGUUGAGGGCACCCUCUUUGGAAAUGGAGAACGAACGGGAAAUGUCGACUUGGUCACCCUAGCACUCAAUCUCUACACACAAGGAAUCUCCCCCAAGGUAGACUUCUCAGAUAUCAACUCUAUAAUCAAGGUAGUUGAGGAAAGCAACAAGAUCCCGGUGAAUGAAAGGUGCCCAUAUGGCGGGCAGCUCGUCGUUUGUGCCUUCAGCGGCAGUCACCAAGAUGCGAUCAAAAAGGGUUUCCAACUGCGUGAAAAGACCCACGCAACCGACGAAGACAGGUGGCAAAUACCCUACCUGCCAAUCGAUCCACGUGAUAUCGGGCGUAACUACGAAGCCAUUAUCCGUGUCAACUCGCAAAGCGGCAAGGGUGGUGUUGCCUGGGUUAUCCUCCGUAGUCUUGAACUGGAUCUUCCCCGUGGACUACAAGUUGCAUUCAGCAAGAUCAUCCAAAAACAAGCCGAUGCUCUGGGUCGUGAACUAUUGCCCAAGGAAAUCGUCUCUCUUUUUGAAGACUCCUAUCACCUCAAGCAAAACCCCCGUUUCUCCCUGGUAGACUAUAAUAUCACCACCGACCGCUCACAGUCUCCCACGGCCCCCCAACCUGGGAAGGCCCUGAACACACAAAACUUGAAACGGCGUUUCGCCGGCAUUAUCGAAAUAGAUGGCCUACAACACGCCAUCGUAGGCGUUGGCAACGGAGCAAUUUCCUCCCUGGCCAACGCACUAAAAUCCCUUGGAAUCGACCUCGACGUUGUCGACUAUAAGGAACACGCCAUUGGAGCUCACAGAGAUACAAAAGCUGCGACCUACAUUGAAUGUACAUCCACAAACAGCUCGGAGAAAGUAUGGGGCGUUGGUAUCCACCACGACGUUGUCCAGGCCAGUUUGACAGCCCUUCUGAGUGCUGCUAGUUCGUUCCUCACAUCACGUGCCACCACACCAGCACCAUUCCGCCCCUCCCGUGUUGAAGCACUCUCACAAGCCGAUCUUGAAGCUCUCUACCAGAUCCAGGGAAAUACUGGGCCAGCUCGAGCUUUGCUACCAGACAAUGCAAAUUUGGGUGCUACUUUUACACAGCCAAAGGUCGAUAUUGCUAAGUUGGAAACACAGGUUAACGGGUUUAAAUAA